UCGUUAGUGUAAACAAUUGUGCAAGACAGUGAAGUGUCUUGAGAACAACACAAAAAUUGCCUUACAUUAGUUAGAAGUAGACGUUCAUACGUUCAUGUGCUUUCAUUAUCUUUUGCAUAAUCCUUUUUUAUUAAAAAAAAAAUUAUUCCUAACUGUGAAAUAGCAACUAUUAUGUCUCAACAGAAUCAUAGAAGACAAUACUUGAAUCAUCCACAGGAAGCUUUUUCUAGAGGAGGCUCAGCAGAAGCAGCAUUUACUGGAUUUUCGCAGCAAUAUGUGUAUCCAGAUCAAGGUUAUGAAUAUUAUGGUGUUCCAUAUGUUCCCAACAUUCAAACGUCAGAACCAUAUUGGUAUAAUGGUGGGCUAGGUUACAAUUACAGCAAUAUGGCUGCCAUACCAUCAAUAAUGGUGCAACCAUUUCUUGCUACCCAAAGUAUUUUUUCAGCCGAUGCACCAGAGUUUGUCUCAAAACAUUCUGCUCUAACUACAAAUGACAAUGGGAUGAAUACCACAGUGCAACAUCCUUCCAUAAAAAAAAAGAAAAAGAAAAAGAAAAAAAUGACAAGUACUUCAUUGGCAUCUUCAGAUUUUCCAUGUGAUGACAGUGAGGAGAAAACAAAAAUCAUGCAAAGGUCACCAGUUGAAAAACAAGCAUGUAAUUCAGUAAAACCAAGUCAUCCUACAAAAAUUGGAUUGCCUAAAUCAAUGAUAGAAGAUCGAAGUCAACUGCCUGGGGAUCAUUCACAGAUGCUACAAAAAAAUCAGCCAAUAAAAGAAACCAAAUCAGUUCGAUUUCAAGAGACUUCAAAAGAAGUAGAAAAGGACAUGAAAGGAAAAAAUCCAGAGAUACUAACUAAAAAUAAAUCGGUUAAAGAAACCAAAUCAGCUCGAUUUCAAGAGAUUUUGGGACAAGACAAAAAAGAUUUGAAAGUAAAAAAACCAGAGAUAUUAAAAAAAAAUGAAUCUGUCAAAGAAGCCAAAUCAGUUCGAUUUCAGAAACCUUCAGGAGAAGAACAAAAGCGCCUAGCAAUAAGUAGUUUGAAGAUGUCUAAUGAAUCAUCAGAAGAAGCCUGUUCUGGCACAUGGUCCAAACCGCCAUCAAAUGCUAGCAUAUCACAGGAAUGCAAUAAACGGCCACUGAAGAUGAGCUUCGCCGAUAAGUUAAAAUCUACCAUACCAAUGAAAAGCCCAUAUCUGGAUUGGAGAGACCAAAGAACUAAUACCGCCAACGCGCCUAUCAAACCCAAUCCCAAUAUCAAUGUUUGUAGGGAUGAAAAUGCAUAUAUUCAACAAGUAACCGUUACGUCAACCGAUGAAGCUUUUGAUAAUAGUGGCUUUAAAACUGUAUCGAGAAAGAAGUCAAAAGCCAAGAAACCUGAAAUAAUACCAGAAGAGGUGAUAAAGUCUUCACCGGAUAGCAAAAUUGCCGUAUCAGCAGAAGCCGAUGCCAAAAAUAAAUUAGAAAAAGAACGGAAAAAAUUGCGUGAAAAACAAAAGAAGAAACAAGCUAGAGAAGAGAAGUUGUUAGCUGAAAAACUUGCUCCAAAAGGUCAAAAGGUUACUAUAAUUACGCCUAAACUUAUGGAACAGUUUUUGCAGUCUGGCCGAAGAACAGUUGGACCUAGUAAACCUGUUAUGAAGCUGAAUGAAGAUAUGUUCCCAGCUCUCGGAAAACGUGGUGUAACAGGCAAUGUCUCAGAAUCGGAGUCUGAAUGGGAAACCACUGAAAUUGAAGUAAUUCAAAAAGAACCAGUCGUAACCCAACGAAAUGUCAAACGUUCCGACCCCAUUGAAUUUGACUUGAUGGCCUUAAUAACAAAAAAGAACACGAAAAAGAAAGCGACAUCCGACAAUUCAAAAAAGAUUAAAAGUCGGCCAGGAAUAGUUGCAAACGUACUUGACCGAAGUGCACCUACGUUAAGCAGAGGCAAAAUCCGAAAUAAGAAGCGAAAAUUGAGCGAGAUUCGUAAAGCGUUGCUUGUAGCGAAGGCUAAGAAGAAAAUAGCCCAUGAGCUAGAAGUACCUGCCGUUCAACCGAAUGGAGUCCGGCCACAUAUCUUACACUCAAAAAAAUUUCGAGAGUAUUGCGAUCAGAUGUUGACAGAUCAAAUCGAUCUUCUGGCAAGAGAUAUGUUGUACCAUUUGCGAAUGUUUCAAGAUCGAGUGUACAAAAAAGAUCCCAUUAAAGCUCGGAUGAAGAAACGGUUGGUGGCAGGUCUGCGGGAAGUGACCAAGCAAGUUGAAAGAAAUCGUGUGAAAAUCAUCUUCCUUGCUCCAGACAUUCAACGUUGUCCAGAGACGGGGGGCCUAGAUGAGGCUGUGAAGCGACUGCUCGAUUCGGCACGCAGACUGGAUUUACCGAUCGUGUAUGCCUUGUCACGUCGCAAACUAGGCCGCGUCCUUUUCAAGAAGGUACCAGUGUCCUGUUGUGGGAUUCUAAACUACCAAGCUACGGAGGAGACCUGGAAGCAGCUUACCGAGGCUGUGACAGUUGCAAGAGAAAAUUACCAACAGAAGCUUCAGGCGUUGGGUCUCGUAGUCGACGUAACAGAAAAGGACACGAAAGUAGAAGAUCCUUACCUUAAUACAGCAGCUGCGGGCGUCGAAAAGAAACCGGACCAAACAGAUACUCUUCUAGAGUUAAUGAAAUUGAGUCUGAAGAACUCAUGUUAACUGUCGUAACUUAGGCCUUUUCCCACUUUUCUUCCCAUCCCGCCAUUUGAUGAAGACGAAGAAAUGAUGUAAUUAUACUAUAUUAGCUGUUUA